UGGAUGGAAUUAUCGUGUUGUUUAGACACCGUACGCUAAGGAAAAUGAUUGGAAUGCGAAUGAAUGCGUUUAACGAUACUGGGCUUGGUGAACCAGAACAAGAUGCAAAUACAGCUCUCAUAGAGUUAGAUAAAGGUUUACGUUCCUCAAAAAUUGGAGAACAAUGUGAAGCAAUAGUACGUUUCCCCCGAUUAUUCGAGAAAUAUCCUUUCCCUAUACUGAUCAAUUCUUCUUUGCUAAAAUUAGCUGAAGUAUUUCGAACUGGUAGUAAUUUUUUACGUGUCUGGGUGCUCAGAGUAUGCCAACAAAGUGAAAAGCACUUAGACAAGAUUCUAAAUGUUGAUGAAUUUGUAAGACGUAUUUAUAGUGUGAUACAUUCCAAUGAUCCAGUUGCUAGGGCUUUAACACUGAGAACAUUAGGUAGUGUAGCUGGAAUCAUUCCAGAAAGACAACAGGUUCAUCAUAGUAUAAGAAGAUCAUUGGAUUCCCAUGAUUCAGUUGAAGUUGAAGCAGCAAUAUAUGCAGCACAAAUGUUUGCAGCACAGUCUAAACUGUUUGCUGUGUCUAUGUGCAGUAAAAUAUCUGAUAUGAUCAGAGGUCAAGCAACACCAGCAUCUAUGAAGUUGCAACUUAUACCUAUUUUACAAUAUAUGCAUCACGACAGUUACACAGCUUCAAUGGUAAAUGAACUAUGCAUGGAGCUUCUUGCUAAUUAUCCAGCAGUUGAAUUUGUUAGAGUUACCUUAAGUGCUUUGAGUACAUUAGCUUCGGCAACAUUAAUUGAUAUUCCACAGCAAGUUGUACUUUUGUUACGUUAUUUACAAGAUGAUCCAAGAUUAUCUAUUAAGCGUCAUGCAUUACAUCUGUUACAUAUUCUGGCAAGAAAAGGAGCACAUCUGUGGCCACAAGGUGCCCUUAAUAAUUUAAUAGAGAGUACUACGACUCUUCUACAAGAUGGUGCCGGAAACAAAGAUCUUCUUAUUCGAACACUGGACGUGAUAGAGGUGCUUAGUCAGAGUGCAGUAACAUGCGAUGCAAAUAGAGAAGAAGGAAAUCCUUUGUUGUCUUUAUGCGUGAAUGCUUGUUACUCUUCUGAUCCUCUCGUGGCUGUAAAAGCAAUUACGAUUUUAUCCAGAGUUGCAUGUUACUGUUACGAAGAAGGUUUACCAGCCUAUGGAAUACAAGACGUUGUAUCUUGCCUCGAAUCUUUAAUCGUAUUACUAGCCCUGGAUGAUAAAUAUUUACGGCAGUUGAAAGUUUGUCUACGUUCAACGGCGAAGUUGUGUCGAGCACAGCCCAGUCAUUGCUCAGUAUUCGUUGAUGCGAUUGGUGGUACACUCUUCAAUGUCAAUACAGAAAGUAGUCAAAGUGAAAAGCAGGCAGUUGCUUUGUGCGAAGCUUUAGGGGCCAUUGGAAGUUUAGGAGAAAAUACAUUAUUUUCACUUUUACCAGAUAUAUUGGCGAAGCUUACACACACUUCGCAUGUACACGCAAAGGUGAUGUUAUGUACACUACUUUUUCAAAUGGUAGCCGGGGGCUAUGAAUGGAACACAGAAUGUACGAAAGCGGUGGAAGAAGUGAUUAAAAAUGUAGAUGGUUGGGCUAAGUACCGUAUUGCACGUAGUGCUGCGAGAUAUGGCCAUCAUACAAUAGCAACUCAAAUAUUUAGAAGCUUAAAAGAAACAGUUGCGUCCGAACAAUUACACUUCUGGUUAUCUGGUCUAGAAUUAGUGACGAAAGCUGAAAGCCAUCUUAUGGAAACGGCAGAAGAAACGGAGAGCAAAGCGAAAGUUUAUAUAGUAGAAAAAUUAAACGGAGCUAUUGCUCGUUAUGCUAGUGCAUGCGCAUCAUUGAAGGCUGCUAGUACGCCUUUACGAAGUUUACAAUUUGCUAGUGAAUAUUCAAAACUCCGUUGUGAAUUUCUUCAGGCUACCGUUCAACUUUUACAUUCGUGCAGAUCUCUUUGUACAGCCCCACCACCAGCCAUCGCCGUUACAGUAGUACUUGCGACGAAAGAUGAUCUUCAGCGUUAUGGUCGUGUCACUCAUCAGUUGAGGAAAUCGGCCCAGGAAUUGAAACACUGCGCAGAAAACUAUCAGAAACUUUAUCAAUCGGCUUUCGAUGCUGAUCCCGGUUCGUUGGCAAAUAUAAAAGCAUUGCAAGAAAUGUGUCGUUUGUUGGCAAAUAGCGUUGAACGUGUUUGUGGCGGAUCAGGUAUUUGUACGUAUCAUCAGAGUGAAGUAAACUUUGACUUCGGAGACACUGUAGAGAUGCGACAGUUGGCUCGUUGCUGUACAGAGCUGCGACGCCUGGCGCCACCCUGGAUUGCCGAAGGGAAAAAUGCGGCCAUCAGCCAUUCCAGGGUGAACUGUUUAAUCUCACAAGUGAUGUUGCUGGCUGGACGGAAAAUGAGAUUACCAAUACCUAGGUAUUACUUCCAAGCUUUGCAAGCAACUAGCGUGAAGUUGUCUGUCUCACCACAACCCCGUGUACUUGGAGAACCUGUGUCCGUACCUCAAGGUAGCCAAUUGGCGCUCAAAGUUGAGGGAGUACUGCGGCAUGGUCGUCGCGCUUCCCUUUACCGAUCCGUUGCUGCUGUUUGCAUUUCUAUCUCUACAACUCCACCGUCAAAGAUCAAUUCGGAUCAAAAGGAUUCCAACUCGAAUGAGCUGCAACAAACAGUUACUCCGCAUCGCGAUUUUUUUGCCUGCGAAUUUCUGCUUUCACUGGGAAGCCCGGGAACGGGAACAACGACAUGCGCAAGCAGCACCGGUAAUUUAAACAACAACUCCAACACAGGGGGCGGGCAGUAUCAAGUCACAGCGAGUGCAAGUAUACUUGAUAAGGACGGCAACGUGUGGAAAUGUGGACCCCGUUCGACGCUUCAAGUUAGGGUACACGAAGAACCAGCCAAACGAAAGUUACCAUAAUCAAACCAAUAAUUUUUCUUAAACAUAAUUUGUA